CGCGCGCGACGCUCCGAGACGAGUCGUAGGAUUCUGGUUUUCAGUUCAGAUCAGCAGCUGCGGAACUUCUACAACUUUUGAACUCAGCCGGACGCGAAGAAGUAAAUGUUUUUAUCUGAACGGCUCCUCGUGGAGGUCACGCCGCUCAGCUUGAACUCUCCGACGUGUUUCUCCAGCCUCGGGAUGCGGCUCCUCCGGAGGAAGCGCGCUCGUUAAAGUACUGGCUCGUGACAGCCGGAUAUGAACUUUCUCCGUGAUGACCGUGGCAGCCCAGGUGAAUGAUUGACAGCUCGCGGGGAUCUGGACAAACUGGAUUUGCUGCCAGAGUUGGAUUCGUUGGAGCCUUGAAGGGGGGGUCAUGUCGUACGGCCUAGUGCUGCUGGUCCUCUGGGGUCCUGGUCUCUCGUUCGGAGCCUCCAAGAACCUGGUCUGCGAGCCCAUAACGGUCCCCAUGUGCAAGGGCAUCGGCUACAACCUGACCUACAUGCCCAACCAGUUCAACCACGACACCCAGGAGGAGGUGGGACUGGAGGUGCACCAGUUCUGGCCCCUGGUCCGCAUCCGCUGCUCCCCGGACCUGCUCUUCUUCCUGUGCAGCAUGUACACCCCCAUCUGCCUGCCGGACUACCGGAAGCCCCUUCCUCCGUGCCGCUCGGUGUGCGAGCGGGCCAAGCGGGGCUGCUCGCCCCUCAUGAGCCAGUACGGCUUCGAGUGGCCCGAGAGGAUGAGCUGCGAGCAGCUGCCCCGGCUGGGCGACGAGGUCCUGUGCAUGGACCAGAACAGCAGCGAGACCACCACCCCGACGCCGCCGUUCACCAAGUCCACCCCCAAGGUCAGGACCAGACCGCCCGGCCCCUCUCAGUGCGACAGGGAGUGCCGCUGCCGGGACCCCUUGGUGCCCAUCAAGCGGGAGUCCCACGCGCUCUACGGCCGGGUCCAGACGGGGCCCCUGCAGAACUGCGCCCAGCCCUGCCACCUGCCGUACUUCUCGGCGGACGAGCGAGCCUUCACGGGGUUCUGGAUCGGGCUGUGGUCGGUGCUGUGCUUCGUGUCCACGCUGACCACCGUGGCCACGUUCCUCAUCGACAUGGAGCGCUUCAAGUACCCGGAGCGGCCCAUCAUCUUCCUGUCCGCCUGCUACCUCUUCGUCUCCGUGGGCUACAUCGUCCGCCUGGUGGCGGGUCACGAGCGCGUGGCGUGCGGGGGCAACCAGCUGCACGUGCUCUACGACGCCUCGGGCCCCGCCCUCUGCACCCUGGUCUUCCUGCUGGUGUACUUCUUCGGCAUGGCCAGCUCCAUCUGGUGGGUGGUGCUGUCCCUCACCUGGUUCCUCGCCGCGGGCAUGAAGUGGGGCAGCGAGGCCAUCGCCGGGUACUCGCAGUACUUCCACCUGGCGGCCUGGCUCAUCCCCAGCAUCAAGUCCAUCGUGGUCCUGGCCCUCAGCUCUGUGGACGGGGACCCUGUGGCUGGCAUCUGCUACGUGGGGAACCAGAGCCUGGAGAACCUGAGGGGCUUCGUCCUGGCCCCCCUGGUGGUGUACCUCUUCACCGGCUCGCUCUUCCUACUCGCCGGCUUCGUGUCUUUGUUCCGCAUCCGGAGCAUCAUCAAGCAGGGCGGCACCAAGACGGACAAGUUGGAGAGGCUGAUGAUCCGCAUCGGGCUCUUCACGGUGCUCUACACGGUCCCCGCCACCAUCGUGGUGGCCUGCCUGGUCUACGAGCAGCACCGCCGGCCCGGCUGGGAGCGAGCCUUGGCCUGCUCCUGCCUGGCGGAGCGCCAGCGCUCGGGCCCGGACUACGCCGUCUUCAUGCUGAAGUACUUCAUGUGCUUGGUGGUGGGCAUCACGUCCGGAGUCUGGAUUUGGUCCGGGAAGACCGUGGAGUCCUGGAGGAGGUUCGUGGCUCGAUGCUGCCCCUGCUGGCCGCACAAAGCCGCUGCGCCUCCGUCCACGUACAGCGAGGCGAGCACGGCUUUAACCGGACACACCCGGACCGGGUUCAAGGCCCCGCCGGCCCACAUCGACCCCGCCCAGACGUUGAAGCAUUUUUAGACCAGAAGGAGUCGUCUGCAUCAGAAACACUCGAACAGGAAACCUUCAGAGAAGAACUGGAACAACGUCCACCGCACUGACGAAGAUUGAAUCUAUUUAUUGAUGUACAUGUUGUAGAUAUUUAUGAUCAGUUCCUGGACUGACUGCUGAC